UUGCUCUUCAUCAGAGCAAUCAAAUUUCACCCUCAAUCUGUAACUCUCUCUCUCUCUCUCUCUCUCUCCAUGGAUUCAUCAAAAGUAGAAAUGUUCUUCUUACCAAGUUUAUUGGGGAGUGGCCACAUUAUUCCAGCAAUAGACACAGCAAGGUUUUUUGCAGCUCAUGGAGCUAAAGUGACCAUAAUCACAACCCAAGUACACGGCCAGCACUUCCAAAAAUCCAUAGAGAGAGACCAGUCAUUAGGCCAUGACAUCUGCUUCCACACCUUCAAAUUACCCACGGCCGAGUUUGGCUUGCCGGAGGGAUGCGAGUCUCUCCUCGCCACCUCGGUUGGCAUGUCCGAGAAGAUUUUGAUGGCCUUCACCAAGCUCCAUGAACCCAUCGAACAACUCCUCCGGGAACGCCGCCCCGAUUGCAUCGUCAGCGACAUGUUCCAUCCCUGGACUGUUGAUGUCGGUGCUCGGCUCGGCAUUGCCAGGAUCUUGUUCUAUGUUACAGGUUUGUUCCCUCUCUGUUGUGAAGAAAGCCUUCGACGAUGCACCGCAUGAGAAGGUAAAUUCUGACAUAGAGACCUUUGCUUUGCGGGGUCUCCCCGACAACAACAUUAUUUUUACAAAGAGCAAAAUACCAUACUGGUUUAAGAAUAAAGGAAGUGGUUGGGGACAAUAUCUUGACAUCAUUCUAGAAUCUGAGCUCAAGAGUCAUGGGGUUAUAGUCAACAGCUUUUACGACUUAGAGUCAGCUUAUGCCGAAUAUUUCAAAAAAGAAAUGGGUAGAAAGCUAUGGCUCGUAGGACUAGGGAUGGCAAUCUGAACCCGGCCCGACGGGGACCCGACCCCCUGAUCUUGAUUUGAGCGAUUUUUUUUCGAAAAAUAUCCCCAACAGGACAGGAAUGGUAUUCAAAAAUCAAUCCCCGAUCACUUUUGGGCCGGGGCUGGGGAUACGUGUCACAGCCCCCGUACCCGGCCCGUCCCCGUCCCCGUUUAUCCCCGAAAUAAAAUUACUAUUUUAACCCUAGGUAUAUAUAUAUAAAAACCAACCCCUUAUCAUACUUUUAUUUCUCCCUCUCUGUUUGACCGUGUCUUUCAUCUCUCUCUCCCUCACUCACGUCUCUCAUCUCUCUCAUCUCACUGCUUCUCUCAUAUCUCUCUUCCUCACUACUUCUCACGUCUCUCAUCUCUUUCGUCUCUCUUGUUCUCACUCACGUCUCUCAUCUCUCUGAUCUCACCAUUUCACAGCCCCGUACACAAGACCAGGAUCGUGGUUCAAUCUGGACAGACCGUGGUUCGAUCUGAAGUUACCGAUCUGGAUCAUGGUUCGAUCUGAAGCUACCGAUCUCUCUCUCUCUCUCGUUGAUGAACAAAUUUUUUUGAAGCUGAAGCUGUAGAAGCCCUCUCUCUCUCGAUCUGAAGUUGCAGAAGCCCUCUCUCUUUCGAUUUGAAGUUGCAGAAGCCCUCUCUCUCUCUCUUGUUGAUGAACAAAUUUUUUUUUUUUUUAAGUUAUAUAUAUACAUCUGUUGUUGUCUAUUUGUGUUGAACAAAUAUUUUUUUUUAAAGUUGUUAUAUAUAUAUAUAUAUCUAUUGCUGUUGGUGAUGGUUGUUGAUCUGAACAAUUCUUAUGUGUGUGUGUGUGUGUGUGUGUGUUGAGAACUGUCGGGGAUAUUUCGGGGUCGGGGAAACCCGACCCCUGUUAGGGGAUGGGGGUGGGGGAGGUGAUGGGUUCCUCGUCAGAGAUCGGAGUCGGGGACGGGGAGGGUGAUCCCCAGCCCCGCCCCGCUCCGUUGCCAUUCCUACGUAGGACCUGUGUAUCUCUUCAACAAAGAAGUCGGACAAAAAGCCGAGAGGGGCCAAAAGAACUCCAUUGAUGGAGGUACAAUUUUGAAACAGUAAUGUUAGGUAUCAUGAAAAAUCUUUCAUAAAAAUAAUCAUGAAAACUUUGUGACCUUUGGAUUACACUUAGAAUAAAGAACCACACACUAAUCAAAGUAAUUUAAGGAUCAUAAAUCUUUCAUGAUCAUUUUCAUGAAAAAUUUUUCAUGAUUCCUAACU